CACUGGCACUGGAAGUGGCACACUGGGUCCAUUGAUUCGGAUGAUACCCGCCUACAGUGAGACCUGGACCAAUGGGUGUCUGUGUGGUACCUGUGUGAGGCUCCAUUGAGACUUUACUAGAGGCUUUUACUGUGGUUGGCACUGAGCCGAGGACACUUGGUGGGACAGAGGAGUCGGGUUGACUUUUAACAUCACAUUUGAAAUACGUUGUGUGUGUGUUUUUACUCAUCAAACAUGGACCGACCGAGCCUCCGUAGACUGUUUUCUGCCUGUGAUGUGAACAAAUCGGGUAAAAUCGAGUUCGAGGACUUCACCGCUGUCUGUCGCGAGCUCAACGUCCCCGAGACUCACAUCAGAACUCUCUUCGACAAGUUCGACGCGGACGAGGACGGGUACAUCGACUACAGCCGGUUUUCGUCCCGGUUUCAGGAGGUCUCAGAGACUUUGGACUUGGCGGCUCUUGGAGCUGGGUCGUCCCCAAACCAGGGCUCACCAUGGGAGGACUUUGUAGGCAGGACAGAUGCGGCGGCUCUCCUCUCAGACAGUCUCAGGGAGCAGCUGGCUGAUCUUUACCAGGCCAUUCACUCCUCUGCAAACACGACACUGCUGCAACAGUAUGAAGAAAUCAUCCACUCUCUGAUCAGUCAAAGCCUGGACAACAGACUAGAGUGUGAACAGCUGGAGACCAGUAUAAAGCGAGCUGAGGAGAUGAACAACAGUCAGCUGGCAGAACUGGAGGACGAUAUACAACAGCAGCUUGCCAGAACGGAGGAGAGGGUGAGAGACGAGGAGCGCAGGAAGAUGGAAGGAGUCAUGACGACCAUGCAGAGGAAGCACGAGAACGAGGUUGCAGACCUGCGUGCAGCUGUGGACAGACUGUUAAAGCAUGUCCCUGACCCCUUUGGAGGGACACCAGAGGAACCUUUGAGUCUCCAUAAGAGUGUCCAGCUGAGCAGGCUCUGUGCUGCCAUGGCGUGCCGUACCGUUAAGCCUGCAGCAAGGCCGAUGGCAGCAUCCAGCAGCUCCAUGGGCCAAACCAGCCAUGCUGGCAGAAUCACAGGGGCUGGAAAAACUCCCCCGCCACUGAGUCCAGAUGGACAGAUAAUGGGAAAGAGAGCUGCGUGA